GCUGAUACAAUGGCGGGGGGCGGAACAUCGCCCUUGUUAAUCCUUGCACCACAACACCUGCCACAGACGAAAGGACCAACUUUUCUCUUUUUUUUUUGAUUAUGUGACGAGGCCCUGCCCCUAGCUUUUGAAACAGCCGAACACCAACGCCUUACCGUCACAGUGGCAACACCCGAUGCUUGAAUGGUCCGCACGACAGUGUCUGGGCGAUUCACGCACGGGCGACCAGGCCCUGAUGAUGUCACGGCGCACCUUGUCCACGUCCUCACAGCCAAAUUUGUCCAUCAUGUAAUAGACGGUAUGUGUGGGGGAAUAGCUGUUUCCCAGGAGAUGUAUAAAGACUGUCCACUUGACAAGUUCUGGCUGGCUGUACAGCAAGUGAAGACUGUUGCACACGAUAUUGCACUGGGAAAGUUAUCAAAAGAAAAGGUCAUAAGUUGGUUGUUGCCACUUGGUCAGGAGAAAGCAGAACAAAUUUAUGAAAUUGUGAUGGCAAGAAAAGGCGAACUUGUUGAUGCACUGUUGAGAGAAUUUAAAAAUACACAUCACCUAAAGGACUUCGACUGGAAUGUUAGACUGGCCAUUGCAAGUGACAAGGUAUUGGACCUCAAUGAGUGCUUGCUGACACUCCAUCUACAUACAUCACCAAAAAAUAUGAAAGGCACCAAAGAUUUGUGUGUUGAAAUGACAGCAACUCAAGCAGAUAGUUUAUUAAAUCAGCUUAAAGAUGCACAAAAGGUUCUUGCUGAACUGCCUCCUGAGUAAACACCUGUACAGUUUUUUUUUUUUAAGAAUUUAUUAAAGAUUUUUAUGCCAGAUUUGUUUGGUUAAAUAUUUAAAUGGAAAUUCCUUGAUGUGGGAUAGAUUGAAAGUUUUUAAAGAGAACUUUACAAGCUUUGUUAAAAGAAAUUUGUUACUUUUUUGUACACUGUAGUUAAUUGAUUUUCAUUAUAAACCAAGUAUCAUGGUCUUUUGAUUAAUGGAUAGGAUUAUAUUGCAAAUUGUAAAGUUAAGCUAAGCCAUGUUGUAAUGUUUUCAUACAUUAGAUUUAAUUUUGACAUUAGAGUUUUGUAAGAAAGUUUUAAUAUAUGAAUAAAUAGAAGACUUU